AUGGAUGUUUUAUAUCAACUUUGUCUGUUUCAGAUAAGAAGCCUUUCAUUCCUGGAGAAGUUGCUGCCUGCCAUUCGUCGAUUUCUCAACGCUAUCCAGAAGAAAUCUCGUCGAGUUCAUACAUUCACCACUGAUGUUCUAUUUUAUUCUUCUUUUUGUAGGUCUUGUCAUAAAGCGGUGCCGCUGGCGGCUAUUUUCUUUGGAAACAUACAAGGUGGCGUUUUCAUCAAUCACUGGGUGGUUAGUAGUCCAAGACAAUUUUUCAAGUUCAUUUGUGUUCAUUUUUUCUACGAUGUGUUAAAUAUUCAUUUCGUAAACGAAGAAGGAAGUAAUUAUAUUCGUCGUAUAAUAGUCGACAACGCGAUCAGUGAUGAGAAUGGAAGAAACCGGACGCGCUUUCACUUCGAACUCAAUUGCCCCGUGGUAAUACGACGAGGCUUAGGACAUAGAGUGAACAGGAUACAAUAUGAAAGAUUUCGUGCGAUUAACAGAGGCCGCAGUUCGGAUGAAAUACCUCAUAUUCUUGCUUUUUCUGACAGCCCAAUUUUUACUGUUGAAAUUCACGAAUCAAUUUUGGAUUCGAAAAUCUACUCUAUUUUGUCUCGUCUACGACUUCGGACUGGCAUCAGUAUUGAAUUUGCGAGCCUUCAUGUGAGAUUCGUUUGUCGAUUUAUUAGUGUUUUGAAAAUGAUCUUUGGUCCUCACAUAGCGAAACUGUUUUUUCCGAAGACAAACGGUAAUUUCUCAACUAAUAGAGAGCGUAGAUUUUCACUUAAGUAUCUCAUUGAGUGCUUGAUUUCGAGGGGAGCAGUUGUGAAGGACCAGCUUUUGUUGAAGAAAACCAUGUGGAUGACGUUUCUCAAAGUUAUUAAUUUCUGCUAUCUUCAAGCACGAGAGCGAAUAAUAACAAUGAUUGAUGAGCGCAAACGCAUAGGUUCCAUCGUUAAGGUAGGUCUUGGAUGUUUUAAAAAAAGUGAAAGUAAUUUCUUGGAGGUUGGUAAGAUGGUGCUGCUACGACGAAUAAGCUCGAUGUUCGAAGAGAUCACGCCACCUUUUCGAGUCAUCUACACAGUACCGGAAGUAAUCAUGGCCAAUAGAGUUUUGCGAAUGUAUGACCAUGAUGGGACGCGAAUGAUCCGUGUUACUUUUAGGGAUGAUGACAAUCUACCCAUGCGCACAAAUAAAACCUCCUUGAGACUGAUUAGGAUGACGGUGCGAAAAUACUUAUGCGAUGGGGUUUUCGUAGCUGGGCGUGAUUUUGGAUAUCUGGGAAGUUCAAACUCGCAAAUGCGUGACUCGGGUGCGUAUUUCUUAGAGAAGUAUUCAAAAGCACAGUAUCUUGAGUAUAGUAGAUUGUCGGGCACGAGUCCACCUAUUACAUGGCAGCCCAAGAUUGAUGGCGCGCGUGAAAUGCUUGGAAGGUUCACACAAAUAGAAAGUGUACCGAAAUUAAUGGCACGCCUUGGCCAAUGUUUUACUCAGACCAGGGUGAGUGUUAAUGAUACUUACGAUGGUGUAGGAAUGAUUAGUAAGGAUUUGGCUGCUGAAAUAGCAAAAGACAUGCAGAUGGGUAGCUGUGUGCCAAGCUGUUUCCAAUUCCGUUUUCGUGGAAUGAAAGGUGUAGUGGUAGUUGAUCCAGUCUUGGACGAGAUUUCUUUAUGGGCAAAGAGAUUCAACAUAGCACCACCAAAAGUGAAAUUUGGCAGCUGGGAUGUUAAGCUGAUGUUCCGACCUAGUCAGAUCAAGUUUAAAGCCAUGCGCACGUCAACGGAUUCGCUUGAAGUUGUUAAAUUCUCGUCUCCUAUCCCAGUUUCUCUUAACAAACCAUUUAUCGCCAUCCUUGACCAGGUGUCCGAAAUGCAGUCGUACGAGUGUCAUUCCCGAAUUACAAAUCGUAUCGAACAAUUGCUCGAUGAUCAGCUAAGAGGAAUGGCAAGAUCCAUUUUGCGUGAGCAUAACUGUCGGAGUAGGCUAAAAGAGCUUCCUCAGCGUAUUGAUAUAAGUGUGCUGUCGGCGUUAGCAGGAUUCCAACUCAGCACUGAGCCCUUCUUCCGAUCACUUAUUAAAGCGAGUAUCAAGUUUACAAUCACCAAACUGAUGCAUAAACAACAAAUCCAAAUACCUCCUGGGAAAGGACGCACGAUGUUUGGGGUCGUAGACGAAACAGGUCAAUUGCAGUAUGGACAAGUUUUCAUCCAGUAUACGGCGAAUAUUGCUCUGAAGAUGCCACCGCCCACUGCAUCAAAGAAAAUUCUCACCGGCAAAGUGCUUUUGACGAAAAAUCCAUGUAUAGUUGCUGGCGAUGUUCGAGUUUUUACUGCUGUGGACAUCCCUGCACUACAUCACCUGUGUGAUGUCGUCGUCUUCCCAAUGCAUGGUCCGCGACCUCAUCCCGACGAAAUGGCAGGUUCUGAUCUGGAUGGAGAUGAAUAUACCGUAAUCUGGGAUGAGGACCUCCUGCUGGAUCACAAUGAGAAACCAUUCGACUAUACAGCGGAGAAGCCGGAAUCUGAAUCUAUUAAUGAGGAAACAUUGACCGAUAUGAUUGAGUUUUUUGUAAAACAUAUUACCCAAGAUUCAAUUGGCAUGAUUUCGACUUCGUACCUUUUCCAAGAAGAUCUUUAUGGGAUCAAUUCUGAGGUGUGUCAUCGUUUGGCAGUGAAGAUAUCGAAGGCAGUGGAUUUCGCAAAGACCGGGCUACCACCUGAUCCGCUUGUGAGAGAAUGGACGAUCGAUCAGGACAGUGGUAGAGAGAUUCCUCCGGAAAAAAACGAGCGCCGACCAGAUUUUCACGGUACGAAUGAUUACGAUCCCAUCUACCGUAGUCCCAGGCUUUUGGGAAGGAUUUAUAGGUUGUUCAAGGCAAUCGAGGAUGUUCUCAAGGUUUCGGAAGAUAUCGGUGAACAAGAGGAAAUUGAGUGUGACAGAUACCUCAUUGUGGACGGGUGGUUAGCAUAUAAAGAAAAGGCUGAGGCAGAGUUGGCAAAAUACAACGGCCGACUACGGGCUUUUAUGGAGAAUUACGGCAUAAAGACGGAAGGAGAAAUUUUUUCUGGUUGUAUCUCAGAGAUGAGGAAUCGCAUCUCGGAUCGCGAUCAGGACGAUAUGUCGCUUUACAAUACAACUGAGAUCAUUGAAAGGAAAGUGACCUCUCUUUUCCGAGACUUCAGGGAAGAAUUCUUCAAGGAGUUUGGUGGUUGGGAGUCAUGUACUCAGAAGAGUGACAAGAACUUUGCGCUGGAAGAGAACGUUUUCUAUCGUACUGCAAACAAACCAACACUAAAAAUGCAACAGAAAGCAGUGGCUUAUUAUCGUAUAUGCUAUGAGAGAGCUCAACAAACACGAGAGAGGAUGUUAUCGUUCGCAUGGAUCGCCUACGACAUCUUAGCUGUGGUCAGACAAGAGAAUGCUCUCAAAGAAAUUGAUUCUAUUCAGUUCACUACCCCGCUUUACGGGAUUUUCAUGGUUCUGUGCGGUCAUAGCCAAUACAUUCCUUCGAAUUUGUCAUCUUUUUCUGCAGGUCUAGACUGCGUUAUGUUCAUCGUUUCUGAAUGGGCUGAGCAGAACGGGCUAUUCAGUGUUCGGCUUAAGUGUCACCACCUUUGUCUUAUCAUUAUUUUAUACGCAACAGGCCGAAUUGCAGGAAAUUCGGCAGUGUUGGAGUGCCCUCUAGAGAAGAUUAACGAUGAACGUCAGAUCGAGCUGCUUGUGACAUUCUUCGAGUAUUUAGCAUCUCGUGCUUUUCGCAAACUGCGGCACAUCUCGUUCAGUGAUUUAGGCUACGCAUCAGUGUUCUUACGCGGUGAAUGGCUGCCAUUGCAUGAGGCUGCUGUAAGGACAUACUAUAACAUGGUGUUCAACCUACAGUUUGAUGAACUGAACGAAAAUCGGCCGUCUGAUCCGCUUCGGAGUCUGAUCAUCCGCGAGUGCGAGCCAUUUGUUAUAGAACUACCUGGUACUAAUCGAAUAUUGCAAAAGACGGGAGUAAAAGAAAUCAGCUUACGAAGACUCACCACUCGGUCUCUCGGUACUCUGCAAAGUUUGCGAAAGCUGCGAAAUCUGCUCACCAUUGAGCCCUCGACUAAAGAUGCUAUUUGUGGGAAGAAUAUCUCAGCGCAGUUUAGCCGUCUAACGUAUGAAAACAUAAUGAGAUAG